CAAGAUGGGAAAGUGUGUUCAAUAGCGUUCGGAGUUGCUGUGACUGCCUUUUCCCUCAGUACCUGCCGUCUUGAUUGCUCCUCGGCGACUACCGCGGCUGGAGAUUUCGUACAUCGCAGGCAACACAUCAUCCUUCCCGACUGCAGACACCUCUUCAUUCUUCUCAGCUCGGCAACAAACAUCAAAUAUGAUUGAUCGUUGGAGGGUCACUGAUUUGCUCUGUUAAUUGUCCGUUUCUCAUUCCAAGCAUGCCUUCUAAUGCUCCAUCGUUAUUUUCGCGCCCAUGGGUAUUGGUCACUACAGGCUUCAUCGCGGCAUACAGCUCUUAUAUUAUCUGGUCAAAUUGGCCUUUAGAAGACACCUCCGCCAACCUACGACGACGUGGCGCUGUUAGGGCUCGUAAUCACACACGCGAUCGCACAAGGAUAUGGGCCUCAUCCCCGUCUGAACCAUCCCUUCCCUUCGGACUGUUGAAUGUUGAUUUUGAAGGCCUUCUCGUCAGAUUUCCAAAUGGGCCCGCGCCACCUACCGUAGUCGAGAUUCAAGAAGCCUUGAACAUCCCAAACUCAAGCGCUUUCGAUCUGACCAUCAAAAUUCAAGAGGCUGCUCUCAAGGCCAUCUUUGCGAUAUUGAUUCAGCCUGAUGAGAGUCUGUCUACUGAGCAGUUGGAAGCCUCGAGGGAUCUCCGGGAGCUGGUCCCUCUUUUGCGGCAACCUAACAUUGAUGAGCUGCUUGCUAAGAUCCACAUGCUCUGCUCAGGAUCAUGGAAAUUCCAUCAAGCGGCUGUUGCCAGAGCCUUCGCUGACAUCUGUGGCCUUGAAAGUCUGCCAAUGAUCCCCGACGAUACAGAACGGGGUCUUAGUGAGACCUCUGCUGAUUCGGAUCAUCAGGACGACAGGGAGCCUGCUCAAGGAGUCAAGAGCUUGGUGUACAACAUAGCUCAGGAAGAGGCGAUGCGUCGUCUUUAUGUCCACACUGGUAUCAGGUGUGAACAAUGUGGUCAGUAUCCUAUACUCGGUGUCCGCUGGCACUGCAAUAACUGUCCUGACUUCGACCUUUGCUCGACAUGCGAAUCCCAUCCGAUGCACCCCAAAACUCAUCUCUUCACUAAAAUUAAGGUCCCUCUUUCUUAUCUGGGCCAGAACCACCAGGUCUCUGAACCCUGGUAUCCUGGCGACUCGAUGACAGAAUGGCCAGCUUUGAAGAGUUCGCUCAAGAGGGAAUUGGCUACUGAAUCAGGCUUUGAUGAUUUGACUAUCCAAGUAUUCUAUGAUCAGUUCGAAUGCAAAGCCAACGUUCACUAUCCAGAGGAUCCAAUGCAGAUUGGCCUUGCUGUCGACCGACAUGCUUUUAACAAGGUCAUGACAUCUCCGACCUGGGAACGUCCUGUCGAACCUAGUUUUCUCUACGACCGCAUGUUCAACUUCUACGACACUGACAACAAUGGGCUCAUCGGCUUCAAAGAAUACAUACUAGGCAUGGCUUACCUUCGUCGCACUAGUAAGCGGACCUCGAUGGAUCGAAUAUUCCUCGGUUAUGAUGUCGAUGGUGACGGAUACAUCAGUCGUCGAGAUUUUUUGCGUAUGCUUAGUGCGAAAUACGCUGUUCAGAAAAACAUUGUAGGUGACAUGAUCAGAGCUGCAGAGUACGACAUGGUCAGCUACGGCGCCAAAGUCGUUCAUUCCAGUCAACCGAUCAGUGCAGCUUUCGCACAGGAAGAUGUUCCCCCUGGACAGACGAGAGCGCCCACCAUGAAGAUACUUGAUCGCUUUGGGGAGAACCAAGUACGACCAGACGCGGGACCAUUUAAUUCGGCAGUGUUGCCAGAUGGGCUGGAACUGCCAGACUCAAGUCUUGUCAGCACUGUGGCUCAUCGUUAUGGUGUUGGUACUCUGCCACCAAGCUUAGCUCAUACCGAUACAUUGCCCCUGGAGUACCUCACAGAAUUCACCAACAAUCUCAACCGAUCCGAUAGUGUGGCGGUCGACGGUGUAGAAACUGAAGGAGUACACCGAUACAUGGUUGAGACCGACUCUCGACGAACACGUGGCCAAACUACGUUAGAGGACCCAGAAAAAAGGUGGCAUCAAGAUCUCAUGGAUAUGGCUCAAGGAAUGAUUCCAGCAGCGCAAAAUUCGGAUCAAGGAGCAUGUACGGUUGAGGGAGAUCUAAUACCCGACCUAUCUGAAGGUAUACUCGAGAGAGGCCGUGCCUACGACGUCCCUGUGGCAGAGAAAGACUUCGGUACAGAAGUAAUCUUCCAGGUCGUCCAAGAAGGACUCAACGAGCUGAUUGAUCCUAUCUUUGCGAAGAAAGAAAAAUUGGCAGAGCGUGUACGAAAAACUCGAGAGGAGCGCCGUCGCUUCCGAAAAGAAAUUGACGAGUAUGUUCAAGAAGCGAACGCGCAUCGAAAAGAAUUAAGCGUCGGCUCUGAAGUGGACCCUCUUAUGGCUAUUGCGAAUGCUGCGAACGACCAAGCGCACUUUGACAUCGAGGAAGAGCAUGAUGAAGUUGACCUCGGCAAUACGUUGCUGCAUGUGGAAUCUACUGAUGAAAUUGAGGGAUUACCCACGCCAAGAGAGAUUGCCAUGGACCUUCAGGAACACAUUGCACAACAGAGCGAAACACUCAACGAUGAUCUGGAAGACCUGGAAACAAAUAUUCGAGAGCAAUCUCUGGAUGAUCUGUUGGCACAGUCAGGAUAUAUCAUCGACUCCUCAAGCGACGUCGAUCCGUCGUCCACAACACAACUUGACAGCCCUAGGCCAGACUCGCCAUCAACGUCACUCGCAGAGGAACCUCGCCUAUCAAGGGAAAUUGAGAAUGACGCCCGGUUGGACGAUAUGUUCUCGGACAUGCCAGAGUUGGAAGACAUGCCCUCCAGCGAGAGCAACAAUUCGCCGAAUGCUGCGUCCUCGACGAAUUCUGACAGUCUCUCUCCUUCGACAAAUCACUUGCAAGCUCCAUUCUCGACUCCAAACACAGACUUGACGUCAGCAGUGUUCCCUCCAUUCGCCCAUAGACAGUCUGAGAAGAUGGGGCAGUCCGGAAUACCCUCCAGAGAGAGACUAAAAGAGCUUGCUCGACUCGAUGAAGAGAAAAAGGAAAUUGUCUUGCGUGGCGGUGGUGGGAGGUUGAACCUGCAAGAGUUUGAAAAGAUCAUUCGUAGUGAUAAGAAGGGUCUGUUGAAGGGUGUUGUUGAGGGCUGGCUCGAGUGGGCAGAGUUUUGAACACUAACAUCAUUCUGUUACACUCAUUGAUCAUAAGUAAAGACAGUUCAUUUCAAUUCCAAUACAUAUUCGUUCUACCGAUG